GUAUGUUCAGUGCUGCUUUGUCUCAUUCCGAUGAAAGAUACCUGAGUUGCCACGUUUUCGACCAAAGUAUUAAUCACGAUUGUAAAUUAUCAACCCAUGGAAAGAAUAUUGGUUUCUUAUAUAGACAAGAAAAAAGUUUAAUGUGCCACAUACUAUGUUGCAUUCCACCAAAUGUAGUAUUAGAAGGUACAGAAAUAAAAGCGGAUCAUAUAAAUCAAAAUAUAACGUCUCUUAUAAUGCAGCCUAUAGAUUCUGAACUGAAAUCUUCUACAAAAUUGAAAGGGCACUAUUGUUUCUACUGUGGUAAACUAAGAACCUGUAUGGGUCGCCAUUUGCAAAAGGUCCAUGCAAAAGAAACUGAAGUAAAAAACAUGUGCUUCAAACCAACAAAAGAGAAAAACAAACUUUUACGUCAACUUCGGUUGAAAGGUGAUCAAAAGUACAAUUUGCAAGUAAAUUUACAUCAAAGAAUCCCUGUAAGAAAACCAAUAAAACAAAAGUUAUCUGAAAGUAUUCACUGCCCCACUUGUUCUGGCUUGUUUGCAAAACGAAAUUUUGCUAAACAUGAAUUAAAAUGUUCAAAAAGAGCCCCAGACAGAAGACGUAGGCGUCAAAAUGCUUUAAUUUUAGAUCAGAGACAAAUUUCAAAAAGUUUAGAAGAAAAACUUCAUAUAAAACUCGUAAGCAACAUGCUAAACGACGAAAUUGGUGUAGUAGCAAAAAAUGAUCAGACAAUACUUUUGCUUGGAAUACAUUUAUGCAAGCUAAAUUCAGAACAACGUUUUAUGGAUAAUACUAGGUCACAGAUGAGACGAUGUGCAAGAUUGUUGUUGAUUAUUAAACAGCUGGAUCCAUCAAUCACUUCGUUCGCUGAAUGUUUUAUGCCAUCUAAAUACAAAUUAAUAAUGCAGGCUAUACGUAAUCUUACAGGUUCUAGAGAUGAAGAGGUUAUCACCGCUCCAUCUCUUGCUUUACAGUUUGGCCCUUUAUUGACGACAAUUGCCUCUCGUUUAAAGAUUCAGCUUCUUGAAAAUAAUGUAGCUGAGGAAGAUCCACGUAUGGUAACGCUUAGAAAUUUUGAAUUCUUACAUAAACAAGAAUUUAAAAAUGAAAUUACUAAAACAGCUUUGAAAACGGCGAACAUUAAGAAAGUUAAAACCGCAAAGGAAAUACCAAGUCAGGAAGAUGUAAAAAUCUUUAAUGAAUACCUUAAAAAGAUUUUGCUCCAAAGUACAGAACAACUUAAAAGUGAAAAUUUUGACAUUAGAUCAUGGAAGACAUUGGGUGAAUGUAUACUAUGCCAAAUAAUGAUAUAUAAUCGUAGACGACCAGGAGAAAGUUCUCGUAUGCUUUUAGAAGACUACAAAACAAGAAAACAACUCCAACAGGAAAAUUACAAACAUCUUAAUCGCCUGCAACGUAUAUUAGCUGAGAAAUUUUCAUUUAUGUUCAUCUUGGGUAAACGGCACAGGCCUCUUAACCUGCUACUGAAAUCAGAACAUAUAGAGGCCCUCGAUUUUUAUUUAUCAUUUCGAGAACAAGCACAAAUUCAAGAGAGUAAUGUAUUUCUCUUUGCAUUCAAUAAUAAUAAUGGUCACCUCUCAGCGUCAGUGGCACUUCGAAAAUUUGUUCAUAACGCUAACCUUAAAGCACCCAGGUCAUUCACUGGUACUUACUUACGGAAACAAGUGGCUACACAAGCACAGAUCUUGGAUUUAUCCCACAAUGAAAUGCAGCACGUCGCAGAUUACAUGGGACAUGAUUUAAAUGUACAUUUGUCCAAUUAUAGACUGAAUGAUGCUUCAGUUAACAUUUUUACUUUAUCACGGUUUUUGAGUGUCAUUGAUGGAGACGAUGAUAUUGAGAAAUAUCGAGGAAAAAGAUUAGAAGAUUUAGAACCGUUUAUUCCUGAUGAAGACUAUGACAUUGAGGAUACGAAUCCUGAUGAACCAAGCACUGAAAAAAGAAGCGCUCCUGUUAAUACACCUCAGAAGAAACGAAAAAGUCCUGCAAAACUACAAAGUCCGUCGCCGUCGUCCCGAAAUCCUACGACUCAAGAAAUUGAAGGUCGCCUAAAAAAUCCCUCAUUGCGUUUGUAUCGGAGUCCAUUAUGUAAAAGGGGAAGAAAAUUAAAGUGGACAGUAGCAGAAUUAGACGUAAUGCACACAGAAUUUAAAUACAAUUUACAAGAAAAAAAACUGCCGAAACUUUCGCUUUGUCGGGUGAUCCAAAGAAAAUAUUCGCAUAUAUUUCAAAAGGAGCGGUCUGUCGGCUCUAUAUAUACGUGGGCACUAUCUACUAACAACCGAAAAGAGGACGCCCAAGUGCUGAAACAGAGCAAAGAACACCACCAAGAAAACGAAAAACGGAAACGAGGCCACACAUAG